CUGCUAACUACUGGUUGUUUUAAAGAUUGAGCAAUAUUAACCAUGUCAGGAUCUGCAGGGAAAAAAAAAAUCAGGAAGCAUAUAAUUUUGUGUUCUUGUCGGUUUUAGGAUUUUAGUAAUGUCGCAUCCUCCUUACAGUCCCACUGUGCAUUUGAGGAAGAUGUCAGUCUGACAAUGCACAAAUCAUACAUCAAGGCCUGUCUUAUUUGCAGACGGUUACAUUUACAUUGUGUCCCGCCUACAAGGCGUGGAAUUAGUCUUCUUUCUAAAAGUAUUCCACUGGAGAGGAGGAUACUGACUGAGGGCAUCACCGAUGGCCCGGACUCGGGGGGAGCUGACACAGUGGUUCACACAACAGAGCAGCGAGAGUGACUGACCCCCUCCGCACUUCUCCAUUAGGGUGCUACAGUAACUAGCCAUGCCACCUCCAGCUGACAUUGUGAAGGUGGCUAUUGAAUGGCCUGGUGCUAAUGCUCAGCUCAUAGAGAUGGACCAGAAAAGACCUUUGUCUUCAAUAAUACGGGAAGUAUGUGAUGGCUGGUCGUUGUCAGGCUCUGAGCAGUUUGCCCUGCGUUAUGCUGACGGCCCUCAGCUUUAUAUCACGGAGCAGAGCCGUGGUGAGAUUAAAAACGGGACCAUCCUUCGAUUAGCCAUUUCACCUGCCCGUGCUGCUCGUCAGCUCCUGGAGAGGAUCCAGUCUCACGGUAUCGAUGCUCGUCUUGAAGCUCUCAAAGAGCUUGCCAAGCUGUCUGCAGACCCAACCUUUGCCACAGAGUUCAUCAAUAUGGAAGGCAUUGGGACCCUGGCUCGUCUUGCAGAGAGUGGAACCCACUUUGGUGAAAUGCUGGCCUUCACUCUCACUGCCUUCCUGGAGCUAAUGGAUCAUGGUAUUGUGUCGUGGGACCUUAUCUCGCUCUCCUUCAUCAAACAGAUUGCGGCCUACGUCAACCAGCCGAUGGUGGAUGUGUCCAUCCUGCAGCGUUCACUAGCCAUUCUCGAGAGCAUGGUGCUUAACAGCCACAGCCUCUACCAUCGAGUGGCCCAGGAAAUCACCGUGGGACAGCUCAUCGGGCACCUGCAAGUGUCAAACCAGGAGAUCCAGACAUACGCCAUCGCCCUCAUCAAUGCUCUUUUCCUGAAGGCACCAGAAGACCGACGGCAGGAGGACUAUACUAACCCGCUGGAGCAGCAGCUCACUGAAAUGGCAAGCACUCUGGCCCAGAAACACCUGCGAUCCAUCAUCCUCAAUCAUGUUAUAAGAGGAAAUCGACCAAUCAAAGCAGAAAUGGCACAUCAGUUGUAUGUGCUGCAGGUACUGACCUUUAACCUUUUGGAAGAACGAAUGAUGACCAAAAUGGAUCCUAAUGAUCAGGCCCAGAGAGACAUCAUUUUUGAGCUGCGCAGGAUUGCCUUCGAUGGGGACAAUGACCCCACUGGUACGGAGAAGAGAAAGGCCAUGUACACCAAGGACUACAAGAUGUUAGGUUUCACUAACCAUGUCAACCCAGCCAUGGAUUUCACCCAGACUCCUCCAGGGAUGCUGGCUCUGGACAACAUGCUAUACCUUGCCAAGGUUCACCAGGACACAUACAUCCGGAUCGUCCUGGAGAACAGCAGCCGAGAGGACAAGCACGAGUGUCCCUUUGGUCGAUGUGCCAUUGAGCUUACUCGAAUGUUGUGCGAGAUACUUCAGGUUGGAGAAUUGCCUAAUGAGGGCUGCAAUGACUACCAUCCCAUGUUCUUUACCCAUGACCGUGCAUGGGAGGAGUUCUUCUGUGUGUGCAUUCAGCUGCUUAAUAAAACCUGGAAAGAGAUGAGAGCCACAGCUGAGGACUUCAACAAGGUAAUGCAGGUGGUCCGUGAGCAGAUCACCAGGGCUCUGGCGAUGAAGCCGUCAUCUUUAGACCAGCUGAAGAAUAAACUGCGAGGCCUCAAUUAUUCAGAAAUCCUGCGUCUGCGGCAGUCAGAGAGAAUGAGCCAGGAUGACUUCCAGUCUCCCCCGAUCAUUGAGCUGCGGGAGAGAAUUCAGCCUGAAAUUUUGGAGCUCAUCAAGCAACAGCGACUCAACCGGCUGUGUGAGGGAAGCUGCUUCCGCAAACUGGGGAACCGCAGAAGGCAAGAGAAGUUUUGGUUCUGCAGACUCUCACUGAAUCACAAAGUGCUGCACUAUGGGGACCUUGAUGAGUCACCUCAGGGUGAAGUGCCCUUUGAGCUUCUCAGUGACAAGAUCCCUGUCUCAGAUAUUAAGUCUGUGGUGACAGGGAAGGACUGCCCUCAUAUGAAAGAGAAAAGUGCUCUGAAACAAAACAAGGAAGUGCUGGAGUUAGCUUUCUCAGUCCUCUAUGAUCCCGAUGAGACACUCAAUUUUGUUGCACCCAACAAGUAUGAGUAUUGCAUUUGGACCGAUGGGCUGUGUGCGCUGCUGGGCAGAGAGAUGGGCAGUGACCUGACACGCAGUGACCUAGAUACUCUCAUCAGCAUGGAGAUGAAGCUCCGCCUCCUCGAUCUUGAGAACAUCACAAUCCCAGAAGCCCCGCCCCCUGUGCCGAAGGAGCCUAGCUCAUAUAACUUCACCUACAACUAUAGCUGAGAUGUAUGUGUGUGUGUUUGCAAUGCAUAUGUGUGUUUGUCAAGGAUGAUGAUGCACAACCUUUUGAUGAAUUUCGCUGCAGAUGUGUGUACAAGGGAAGGCUGCUUUUUUUUUUUUGUACAUUUCCUGGAGACUUCUCUCCAUUCGUGUUCGUGGGGCUUCAUGGUUCAUCAAAUAGGAGAAAUGAGUUUAUAGCUUCACUGGGAGGUCAGAGAUCAGGGUCUAUUACAGCGCAGUAGUCCUGGAGCUGGUAGACAUUCAGUGAUUGAAUCUCGUUUGUCAGUGCAGUCUCCAGGCAACAUCUCUAUAUGUGCUCCCUGUUCUAAAGGUACAAACUCUCCUGUAGAGUCAAAAAAGUUCUGUGCCUGAUGGUGAAUGCAGGUGAAAGGAUGUACAGAUUCUUUUCUUGAGUGUAUUUUAGUCAAAUUGGUUUUAUUGAUCAAUCAAGCCAUGCCUGUGGUCUCCAUGGUAACAAAGAAUGAAGCAGCUACGCUCCAGUUUACAGUAAAAUCCUGUGUUUACUUUGAUUUGACAUGAGGGACAGUGAACCAUCACAGUGAGGGGAGCACACUCACAAGCCUGAAAUGUCAGCCCAUGUCUUGCUCAAAGUCACUUCUAUAGGAAAGAUAGUUGAUGCUGAUAAAAGAACGUUCUCCCUAAUCAAUUCAACAUCCUGUUCCCCUUUGCUGUCUCAUUAUUACUAAGCAGUUGAGCAUUCACCAUCUUAGAAAUCAAACUGUGGUACUAGAAGUCAGUGUUAAAGAGGACUAAAACAGACUGCACAUGUCAGGCAGGAGCUGGUAAUGUACACGGAUAAAUCCCUGUUUCUCACGUCAUGUCUGUCAAACAGGGACAGAACAAUAUACGGUUACUCCUAGUAAUUAUUUUCAAUUAAAAUAUAGGUUCAUGUGUUUAUUUUCUAUAUUAAUUGAUUCAUCUUUUGAAUCACAGGGUAAUCUAGUAGUCAAAUUAAUCAACAGAACACUGAAAAGCCACAUUUCCUAGGGCCUAGUUUAACAUAUUUAAAUUACCUGUGUUUUUUGACCAGUGUUCCAAAACUGAAAGACACUUAGUGUUCUGUUAAUAAGAAAAUAAAAAUAAACAGUAGAAAGUCUUAUGUGAGAAGUAGCAGCCAGUGAAUUUUGGCAUAUUUACUUAAAUGUGGGCUUUUUCAACAUAUUGGCCAGUUAACUGUUAAAAUAAAGUGUUACCAUAUUCGAAAAUAUUACAAUGACAAGCUACAGUGGUGUUUUCCUGUGAUAUGGGGGUUUGGUUUAAAGCAGACUUACAGCAGUAUUUGACAUCCCAUGGUGUUUGAAUGAAUCGUCAGGUCUGAGCCCUGACUUCUGACUCUGUAUCGCACUGUGCACAGCCAAAACAGGCCUCAAAGGGACAAAAGAGCAGCUCCAUUGUUUUAGUUAACCUGCCAGAAGCGCUGCACUCAAAUGAAUUGAAGCAGCUAAAAAAAUAGCUGAAUGGGCACUGGGAGCAUUUAGUACUGUUCAUGUAUCAUAUGAGCAUACAGUAUCGUGUGCUUUGUAUACAGUGAUAUAAAUUAUAGUACUAUUGCUUGAUGGUUGAUGUCAUUUUCUGAUUUCCGGUGUUAUUGGUUCUAAACCUUUUGUGCAUUUUAGUCAAUGUCCUGUCAACUAAUCUGCUACUAAUUACUUCUGUCAGAAAAGAUUAUAUUUUUGUAAAUGACUGUAGAAUCCUAUCAACUGUGAAGAGAAUGGGUAUUGAACUAAUGUUAACAGUUUCACUGUGCAUCACUUUGUACAGUACAUUGAACAUGGUCAUUACUGUGGAAGGUUGUUUCACGCUGAAAAAAGAAGUACAUUUUUUAAAAGUAUCAACCACAUUUUCAUACUACGAGCAGCUCGUGUCAUUUAGGAACCACACUGACUCCAGCACCUAAUGAUGAUGUCACUGUUAUUGUAAUAAAAAUUGCCAUUGCUGUUUAUGCUGUUUGUGAAAAGCAAUAUGUGAGAUUUUUUGUUUUCCAAAUAAUGCAUUACUGUUCCAUUUUUAGCUGAUGUUGGAGGUUUUAACUGCUAAAAGGGGUUAUUUAUCUCCCAGUUGUCACUGAACACCUGCUGCUCUCAGAAAAUCACAGCUGCAGCAAACAGACAAUUAAAUAAAUAAAUAAAUAAAUCUGUAACCACAAGAUACCACAGCGAGUAAAGGGUUGUUGCACUGAAUGUACUAACAGUAUGACUUUUUGCAUCUGUUACUCUUUUACAUGGCUUGCUAAACUAUUUAUUUACGCUUGCUAUUGAUCGUAAAGAAUGACAUGUUGUUAGUUGAGAAGUAACAACAAAUCUAAAUAUGGUUUACGUAUAGAUCAUCGUAUGUAUAUAUAGUAUUGUGUUGCCUUAUUGAAGGAGGUGUAUUAUGUUUUGUGUGAAUAAAUACUAAGUCUAACUGUUGAAAGCUCAUUUCU